UACUUAUGAAUGUCACCCGCCGGAAUCGGAAGGUUGGGUGGUGUUUUGCUGCUAGGAUUUUUCAGUUGCAACUUUUCCAGGCUUCAAUAAUUGAAUUUUCUAAUUCUCAGCAGCUAUCGUUUGGCGGUCACAAUGGGUCGAAAGGCUACGUUAGCAUGCUGCUGCCUAAAUCAGUGGGCUCUGGACUUUGAGGGUAACCUCUGUCGAAUAGUGGCCAGCGUGAAGGAAGCCAAAAGCAGGGGAGCUACGUAUCGCACCGGACCCGAACUGGACAUACCAGGCUACAGCUGCCAGGACCAUUUUCACGAGAGUGACACGCUGCUGCACUCGUGGGAGGUGCUGGCGGAGCUGCUGCUGCACCCCGUCUGUCGCGACAUCAUCAUCGACGUUGGCAUGCCGGUGAUGCACCGGAACGUCAUCUACAACUGCCGCGUGGUCUUCCUCAACAGUAAGAUCCUGUUGAUUCGGCCCAAAAUGACGCUGUGUGACACCGGCAACUACCGGGAGACGCGCUGGUUCACCGCUUGGACAAAGCACCGUGAGACGGAGCCGCACCACUUGCCGCGGAUGAUCGCCGCCAUCACGGAGCAGCGCACCGUACCGAUCGGAGACGCCCUGCUGGCCACGCGGGAUACCUGUGUCGGUUACGAGAUCUGCGAGGAGCUCUGGAGUGCGGAUAGCUCACACGUGGCACAGACGCUGGACGGCGCUGAGCUGAUCGUGAACAGCAGCGGCUCCCACUUCGAGCUGCGCAAGGCCUACGUGGUGUUUGACCUGAUGCGCUCGGCCACGUCCAAGUGCGGCGGCUGCUACCUGUUCAGUAACAUGCGCGGCGGGGACGGCGAUCGGCUCUACUUUAACGGCGCGCCCUCGAUCGCCGUAAACGGCGAGUUCGCCGCCGCCGGCCGGCAGUUCGCCCUGGAGGAGGUGGAGGUCAUCUCGGCCACCAUCGAUCUGGAGGAGAUCCGGACCUACCGUAACCGGAUCCGGAGCCGGCAGAUCCAGGCGGCGGCGGCGCCCUCCUUCCCCCGGAUAGAGGUCGACUUCAGCCUGUCCCGAGACGGAGACCUGGCACUGCCCUCCUGGACGCCCAUACAGCCGCACUACCACCCUCCGGAGGAGGAGAUCGCGCUGAGCGCCGCCUGCUGGCUGUGGGACUACCUGCGGCGCAGCGGCCAGGGUGGGUUCUUCCUGCCGCUCAGCGGCGGCGUCGACUCCUCCAGCACCGCCUGUCUGGUGUUCUCCAUGUGCCGGCUGCUGGUCAGCGCCGCCAGGCAUGACACGCGCACCCUGGAGCAGGUGCGCCGGAUCGCCGGCGACUCGGAGUACUCCCCCACCGAUCCGCGCGAGCUGUGCGGCCGGCUCUUCACCACCUGCUACAUGGGAUCGGAGAACUCCUCGGCAGAGACGCGGGCGCGGGCCGCUCAGCUGGCGUCCGAGAUCGGCAGCUACCACCUGAGUAUCGCUAUUGACGUGGCCGUCUCUGCCGUGCUGGGAAUCUUCACCACCGUCACGGGACUGGUGCCCAAGUUCCGGGCGCGCGGCGGCACCCCGCGAGAGAACCUCGCCCUGCAAAAUGUCCAGGCCCGUCUGCGAAUGGUGUUGGCCUACCUGUUUGCCCAGCUGACCCUCUGGGUCCGAGACCGUCCCGGCGGACUGCUCGUCCUCGGCUCGGCCAACGUUGACGAGUCGCUCCGCGGAUACAUGACCAAGUACGACUGCAGCAGCGCCGACAUCAACCCCAUCGGGGGCAUCUCCAAGACAGACCUGAAGUCGUUUCUGCGGUACGCCCGGCGCAAGUUCAGCCUGCCCUCACUGGACGGGAUCCUGGAGGCGCCUCCCACUGCCGAGCUGGAGCCGCUGGCCGACGGACGACUGGCGCAGACCGAUGAACAGGACAUGGGUAUGACGUACGCGGAGCUCUCCAUAUACGGAAAGCUGCGGAAGGAGCACAGCUGCGGCCCGUACUCUAUGUUCUGCAAGCUGAUCCAGAUGUGGGCCGACCACUGCACGCCCGAACAGGUAGCGGAGAAGGUGCGUCACUUCUACCGGUGUUACGCGGUGAACCGGCACAAGAUGACGGUGCUGACGCCGUCGCUGCACGCCGAGGCGUACGGGCCGGACGACAAUCGGCACGACCACCGGCCGUUCCUCUACCACGCCGCUUGGACGUGGCAGUUCCGCUCCAUCGAAGUGGCUCUUAAGCAGCUGCAGGCGGCGCAGGAGGGCGGCAGGUCCAAGGACCGGUCCCAGCUCACUGACCGCCAGCGCAGAGAGCUCAACGACUUCUCCCGCACCGGCACCGGCGCCGGGCACAGCCGGCUCAACACGCUAUCAAAGUCAGGUGACGGCAGCGGCGGUGGCGGUAUCAAAGUCUCCCACAACAUCGCGCCGGACCAGCCGGACGCUGCCAAACGGUGCAUCUCUCCCAGCAACCCGCAGCAACAGCUCAAAGCCAGUCGACAGGCCUUUCACCUUGUGUGAACACAUGUGGAGGUGCGGCUCCCCUCCGCGACCCACCGAGGAAGGGCGUCUUCCCGUGCUGGGUUGGUGGGGGAUAAUAUCAGGAAUGGAAUGGGCGGGGAGUUAUAGAGAAGAGGAGAAGAUUGUUGUGUUUACUCUUGAGGACUUUUGUGGGUGGUGAAGUAUGGGAGUUAGCCCGUGUGCGGGCAUGUAUGUAGCGAUUUUAUUGAAAUGAUUUAGUACUAUACCUUUAGUGUCCCUUGUUAGUGAUAUGUUAGUGAUAAACUUGGAUGGUAGAGCGUAGGAAUAGCGGCACAACUGAACACAAAAGCCUGACCCAAUCCCAUUAUGUUGUGUGCCAACCGUGAAAUAGGUAGGUACCCAUGCCAUCAGUUUGUUAUUGUUGGGCAUUUCCUACCACCGCAGUAACGUUAUGAUCAAAGCGCCCACUGCCUUAGCACUCGCCGCGCACAACUCGCGUAUGUCAUGUGCUAAUUGUUAUUUUACCCGUGACUGUUUGGCUGAUAUUUGCCGUUGACGGUGUGUGAGCGUUGGUUGUCGCUGCAGGAAGUGAAGUCUGUAUCGCUGUUCUGUGCUCGAUGUCCUGAUCUCACUGCCCUGGCACUGUCUGCCUGCCAUUAAGCGUGGGGGCUGGUCGACUGAGGGUGCUGUGGCACACAGUGAGAUAUCUGUAGUUGCUUUUUGGUGCGUAUGAGGUCACCGUCGGGUGUAUGUGAGGUCAGGGAAAGUCGCGGUCGUCUGAUCCGCGUCCAGCCUUCUGCACUCCGUCCGAUACCGGGGCGCCGGACGGCCCGAAUGGCCCCGUUGGAAACUGUUGAUCCUGUCGACCGUCUCGAAGGAGCUGUCAGGAGCUCAGGGGCUCAGACAGAGGCCCUGCUGCGCUGUCCCGGUGCCGACCGUGGGGUAGCAGCCGGAACCCUGCUGUCCCGGUGCCUACCGUGGGGUAGCAGCCGGAACCCUGCUGUCCCGGUGCCUACACGGUACACGGUAGGAACGCGCCGACUCGCCUGGCUGCCCCAGUGCACUGACCACUGCAGUGGUCUGUGUUAUUUGAAAUACUCUGUACGCUGACCGACCCAUCGUAAACGGGUACACAAUCAUAUCCCCGUAUUCGCGGCGUAAUUAUCGUAGCCGGAGCAGGAUGAUAACUCAUGAGGCCAUCGGGUUGGAGAUACUUUAAGAAAUGUCCGGUUAAAUGUCGGAUGCUCUGUGGCCAUGAAAUGAUCGCCUAAACUUGUGGCUGGUGCAGUAGGUACUUAUCAUGUUAAUACAAUUGUGUCAAAUUGAAAA